UUCGGCCUCUUAAAACCUGAGAAGAGUUUAGAGCAGGGCACCCUCCUUUGGACGAUGCAAAUAAAUCACCAGCAGUUGUGUUAAAGGUGGGUGGAGAAGCUAAAACCCGUCCUGCCCUGAAGGUUUUCCAGCAAAAGCGAGGAAUAACGCUUGCUCUGUGCCCUACGAACUAACCAGCCAACAGCGAGCAUUACACAGUGCCUCAUGGUUUCGCAGCAGCAGCAGGCUAAACUUUUCACCGUGACUCCCAAUGGAACCCGUGAGACAGAAGGAACUUUUUAGCACUUAGAAUACCUUUGCCAGACACCUCGUAGCGAGCACGCGGAAAGGAAAAGGAACCGAACCCCGCAUCCCUCAGCCCUCGGCACGCGGUGUUUAUAAGCGGCGGGAGGCGCCGGGCGGGAGCUGCGGGGCUCGGCGCGGGGGGAGGAGGAGGAGCCCAUUGGCUCUCGGGCCGUGGGAUCCCAUAUCCUGCGAGUGAAUGAGGCAGCCCGAGAGCGGGCCGGGCGAUUCCUCUUCCCCAAGGAAGGAAAGAAGAGAAGGCAGCUGCACUUUUGGUGGAUUUGUCGUGAAUGAAAUCAGCACGUGAGAAGAUCUAAUUGGAACUGUAAGUUUACUUGAAGAUGCCACAAAGGGAAGAACUCAUCUGCAAGUCUUGUCUUUCAGAGCUGUCUGCUCUCUUCCAGUACAAGAAGAAUGUUUUUGAGAAAGAUGACUUGUGAAAACCGUGCAGGAAGUUGGGUUUGUGAUACUGAGUGAGAGACAUCAUGCCUUACAGCGGACACUUAUCCUGAAGGACUGACACUGUGCUCUCAAAGUAAACUGCAAGCACUCUUUAUAAACACAACAGAGAAGACAAAAAUAAUUCUGAUCCUAAACAGGAAUAAGAAUUACAAGAACUGCAUCAGAAUGUUUGUUAGUCCUAGAAGAGUCAGAAAAUGCCAGUUCUUGCAGAUAUUUGCCACUUGCUUCAUACUGUGUGUCAUGAUUUUCUGGGGACCAUUUGAUAAUCGCUUUGUAAGCCAUAUGAAGUCCUAUUCAUACAGAUACCUCAUAAACAGCUACAAUUUUGUGAAUGACAGCCUGUCCAUCAGUAGGGAUAACAUGGACAGAGUAGCAAGCUACCAGUACUUGAUGAACCACAGGGAGAAAUGUCAACAGCAGGAUGUCCUUCUCCUGUUGUUUGUGAAGUCUUCUCCUGAAAACCGUCAUCGGAGGGAUGCAAUUCGACAGACUUGGGGUAAUGAGAAAUAUGUUCGUUCUAAACUUAAUGCCAACAUUAAAACCCUUUUUGCUUUGGGACAACCAACAGAUCAUUUGCGGCAAAGAGACCUUUAUCUGGAAGACCAGAAAUACAGCGAUUUGAUUCAGCAAGAUUUCUUGGAUACUUUUCACAACCUUACUACUAAAUUACUUCUACAGUUCAGCUGGGUAAAUGCCUACUGUCCUCAUGCCAGGUUUAUUAUGUCUGCAGAUGAUGAUAUAUUUAUCCAUAUGCCAAAUCUUGUUGCUUAUCUCCAAAGUCUAGCACAAAUGGGUGUUCAGGAUCUCUGGAUUGGCCGUGUCCAUCGUGGAUCCCCUCCCGUAAGAGAUAAGACUAGCAAAUACUAUGUUCCAUAUGAAAUGUACCAGUGGCCCUCGUAUCCUGACUACACAGCAGGAGCUGCGUAUGUAAUAUCAAGUGAUGUAGCAGCUAAAGUAUAUGAGGCUUCAUUGACUCUCAAUACCAGUCUUUAUAUAGAUGAUGUCUUCAUGGGCCUCUGUGCCAACAAAAUGGGAAUUGUACCACAGUACCAUGCCUUUUUUUCUGGGGAAGGAAAGGCUCCAUAUCAUCCCUGCAUUUACAACAGAAUGAUGACAUCUCAUGGACACGUGGAUGACCUUCACUAUCUCUGGAAGCAGGCUACCGAUCCCAAAGUUAAAAAGCUUUCCUCGGGGCUCUGGAGUAGAAUAUACUGCAGAAUAGCUAAUAUUAUGCUUCUCUGUAAGCUGUAUUAUGAGAACACAUACCCUUGUUCAGCUGCAUUUUCCUAAUACUUGAAUAUCUGUUGAAGAUCCACUGAGCCAAAACAGAGCAACAACUCUUUUUUGCUGUUUAUUCAAAAUAUACGUAAAUGUGAAUA